GACCCGUCGUUUCCGACGCCGUCCGGAAGUGGGGAACCGAUCCUGUGGGUACCGGGCUUUUCGGUCUGUAACCUGGCUCGUGUUCCUGCUGUUCCGCUUUAGGCGGUCUCCGGCACCGUAUCAGCCCUAUUGAAUUGCAGCUGAGGCGUUCCUCGCCCUGGGUCUUGUCUCCUGGCUAGCCUGCCCGCCUGUUUUCCCACUUGGCUGUCAGCUCUGCGCCCGCCCGCGUUCUGCCCAUGGCUGCGGCCGCUCCGGCCACAGCCUUCGGACAGGCGGUGAUCGGUCCUCCUGGCUCAGGAAAGACCACGUACUGCCUGGGCAUGAGUGAGUUCCUGCGCGCGCUGGGUCGGCGCGUGGCGGUGGUGAAUCUGGACCCGGCCAACGAGGGGCUGCCAUAUGAAUGCGCAGUGGACGUGAGUGAGCUGGUGGGGCUGGGCGACGUGAUGGACGCGCUGCGGCUGGGGCCCAACGGUGGCCUGCUCUACUGCAUGGAAUACCUGGAAGCCAACCUGGACUGGCUGCGUGCCAAGCUCGACCCCCUCCGCGGACACUACUUCCUCUUUGAUUGCCCCGGCCAGGUGGAACUCUGCACACAUCACGGUGCCCUGCGGAACAUCUUCUCUCAAAUGGCUCGGUGGGACCUAAGGCUGACCGCUGUUCAUCUUGUGGAUUCUCACUACUGUACCGACCCAGGCAAAUUCAUUUCAGUACUGUGCACCUCCCUGGCCACCAUGCUGCAUGUGGAGCUGCCCCAUGUCAACCUCCUUUCCAAGAUGGACCUCAUUGAGCACUAUGGGAAGCUGGCCUUCAACCUGGACUACUACACAGAGGUCCUGGACCUUUCUUACCUGCUUGACCACCUGGCUUCUGACCCUUUCUUUCGCCACUACCGUCAGCUCAAUGAGAAGCUGGUGCAGCUCAUUGAAGACUACAGCCUGGUCUCAUUUAUCCCUCUGAACAUACAGGACAAAGACAGCAUCCAGCGAGUCCUGCAGGCUGUGGAUAAAGCCAACGGCUACUGUUUCGGGGUCCAGGAGCAGCGAAGCCUGGAGGCUAUGAUGUCAGCCGCAGUAGGAGCUGACUUCCAUUUCUCCUCCACACUGGGCAUCCAGGAGAAGUACCUAGCACCCUCUGAGCAGUCGCUGGAACAGGAAGCCAUGCAGCUGUAGCAGUGCCCUGGAGAGCAGGACCUGUAACCGGCGCCAGGAAACGUGGAGGCACCGGGUAAACAGCCGACAGGCAGCAUACCCCAGGCCGAGUCCUCCCAGCAGCUCGAGGAGGCUGGAGAGGGGACACUCAGCUCUGCAAGGUCUCGGGUAGAAAACCAGACAGAGGGCAGAGCACCCACCACACCCUCUGUGGCUCUGGCCUACCACCAGGAGGCUGAGAGCCAUCUCCACUGGGUUGAAGUACAAGAGAUCACUGCCAACUUUUUGUGCCUUCCAAACUUUUCUUCAGUCCUCCAGGCCCAGGGCUUGGGACAGAAGAGAACGUCGCUGUCUAUCUGGAAAGUCGUCUUUCUCCAUCCUGGCCAGCGUUUCUUCAGGCACAGGCCCUGUCCUGCACUGACCUGUGGUGUUUUGUUAAUAUUCCGUUCUAACAGGAAGCAUCCAGCUGAGUCUUCACAGGUAGCGUGUCCUGUCUGGACCGUAUUGAAUAAUGUUUUGUUUUUAUUGUAUUUAUUUCAUGUAUCCUGUUUCUAGCAAGGGUUAACUAGUCAAAGUUGAUUAAAAGCUUACUUCAAAAAUGAA